GUAUUUUAUUUUUUCAAAACGUGUAUUUCCGUGAGCAAGUAUCUUUACAAAAAUGAAGUGACACUUAAUCGUCUUUUCAAAAUCCGCAACCUUAAAAAAAAUCUCUGGUAUUUCCGACUAUUCCUUUGGAACAUUGAAGGCAGCACGGUCACUCCCCCUUUUUACUGUGUGUUAAAGACGUCGACACCGUCGCCUUCACUUACAGGAGGUCCAGAAUCUUUGGACGAACCUUUUAACGAGUCACUCCAAGGCCGAAAGACCGUCAACAGACAAGAUGAUGUGGAUUGCUGUGGUACUGCUGGCUGCAUCUGCUGCUCUACACGUGGAAUCCUAUGGCGUCCACGGUCGUGAGCGAUUGGCCCAUGGUCGCAUGCUGAAAAUCUAUCUGUCCAAGAACUGUCAUUCAUUGGUUUUUGAGCCAGCGCAUGAUGUAGGCGCCCGCAAUGUGUACUGGGUGAAAGGCCGGACCACGUCCACUAAAGGCCACGUGUCCGGCACAGGAAGUGAACGACGCUGGUACCUAGACAAGGUGACUUACGAGGACGAGGGAUCCUACAUUCAGGCAGAUCUAUGGGACAACCUCAUCUCCACUGUGCGAGUUGUAGUUACACCCAGACAUAUCUAUGAGAAGCGAAUGCUGGACGAGAGUUUUUACAUCUCCAUGGAGGGCAUACAGCUCUACGAGGCUACACUCGUUUACACUGGAGAGGAUGGAAACGUAACACUGGUUCGUGAUGGUAUGAUCCAGCAGGGAAACCUGAUAAACUUUGGGGGUCAGGUUAAAACCCACUCGUACUCAGGCAUUGAGAUCACACUAACGAAUACCAGCCAGGGCUUGUACACACUGAGAGACCGCAAGGGCCGGGUGGUGUCCAUAACCAAGAUGGAGCUGACAGACCACCAUGACGGAAACCCAUUAUUGGCUCUGCUCCUGCUGCUGGGAAUCCCGGCCGGAGUCUGCUGCUGUUGCCGGAAGAAGAUCUUUAAAAAAAAGGCCACGAUGGCUACAACCAACCAGAGUACGUCUGACACUGUGCAUCUUCCUCCCACUGGACCUGUUGGACCUUCUCCUCCCUACACUACUGUUCCUGGACCAGCAGGACCGGUGAGACCCUUGUUUUUAGUCAGACUGAAAUAAAGUUUUUUUUUUUUUU